UUGGCUGAGCGGCACCUACAGGCAAGGAGGAAUUUACAGGAUCCAGGGUGUGUGAUGGAUGGCAGUUUCAGGAAGGGAGAAAAACUGCACAUGUAGUCAGACAAAGAAAGCGAUGUCUGGUAAAACAGCCUCGCACCCCUCCUCUGCUUCAAUACGAAAUUUGUCUGCAGGAGAUUUACUGGCUAAAGAAGAAGAAUACAAGAGAUUAAAUGCAGAACUGGAAGCAAAGACAGCUGAUCUGGUCCGUCAAGCUGAAGAAGUCAUGAAGGGGCAAGAAGAAAUGCUGUCUCAAUCAUUAUCAUAUCUUGGAACAGUUGCUAUGAAUGAUGAGAAAUUGAGAGAAUUUGUUCCUUCUGAUGGAGCAUCUUCUGAAAAUAAAAUAACAAAGAACAAAAAUAAAGUUGGACUGAAAAGCACACAACGAAGCAGACCAAAUUCAGCUAAUAAGGAAAAGAAAUUGCCAAGCUCUAAACACAAAACCAUUGAAUUACAUGUUGCUGAUGAUGUUGCAGUUCCAGAGGAUCUUUCCAGUUUCUCACUUGCAAAGACAGUUAGUAAAAUUGAAAGGGAAUUGGAGAAUGGCUCUCCAGCUGGUGUGGAUAUUGAGGUCAUGCCCACUAUCGGCAAUGAAAUGGGCACAGAGGCCCAGAUACGAUUUCUGAAAGCGAAACUACGAGUAAUGCAGGAGGAACUGGACAGACUAGCUCAUGAAUACAACAAGAAGGAUGAUGAAAAUAAUGCUUUGAGGAAUCAAUUAAAAGAGAUAGAGGAGGAACGUAACAAGUUACAGAAAACAACCAGCAUCCAACAGACACAAAUUGAUAAAUAUAAGAGCCUGGCAGAUGAGGCACACAGGAAAAGCGAUGGAUUGCAACAACAAGUGACAUCUUUGCAAAAGGAAUUGGACAACCAGAAAAGAACCCAGAAGCAAGCUGCUACAAACCAUAGUGCCACAGAGGUUCGUCUAAAUAGAGCAUUAGAAGAGGCUGAAAAAUACAAGACAGAACUCAAUAAAUUGAAGCAGAAUAACAAGGACACAACUAAUCAAGAGAAACUAACAAUUGAACAACUGAAGACCGAAAACAAGAAGUUAGAAAAGCAGAAAACUGAGCUCAUGACUGGCUUUAAGAAGCAGAUGAAGUUAAUAGAUAUCCUUAAAAGGCAAAAGAUGCACAUGGAAGCUGCUAAAAUGCUCUCCUUCACCGAAGAGGAAUUUAUUAAAGCAUUGGAAUGGGGAAACUGACAGUUGUAACAUAUCUCAAUGUUGUAAAAUAUAAUUGUUGUUUCUAUUAUGUUUGGAUAUUUUUCUCAUUGAGUUCAGUAAUUAUAUCCAUCCUAUUAAAACAUUUUGUAAAAUUGGUGGUAAAGGAAUAAAGAUCUAAUUAUUUAUGA